CCAUUUAUCUAUCACCAAAUUCCUUGUGUUGGAGGUUAUACUCUUCACACAACUUAAUUCUCUCUCUCUCUCAAUAUAUGCUAUAACCAUAAAAGGAUAAAGCAACGCAUCUAUGCUCUCUGAAUUUUACUUGUGUCAACAGUGAAUACACACCUUUAAUUUCUCUUUCCAUUUCGAACCAAACUUAUUUUUUUCUUAUAUAAUUUUUAAUUUUAAUUUCACUUGAAUGAAGUAUGGAACUUUUAAUUUAUGUACUUUUUGUUUAGCUUAUCUCAAGCAAGGAAUAUUAUAAAUGUCAUUGGCUUAAAAAUUUCUUCUUCAAUUUUGAAUAUUUGAUUGCAUUUGUGUUGUAAUAAGGUUGAUAAUGCAUACUCUUUUAAACAUCUACUAAUGAUGAAUUCUUUCCUUCUUAACAAUCUUUGGCAUUUUAGUUUAAAAUUUCUUGAUACAUACUUUCUUUUGUUUCUAUUAGAAUUCAUACAAUUUGCACAUAUUUGACAUUAAGGUAAUCUUUGUGAUUUCUCAAUUUCAUCAUUUUUUUAGUGAAUAAAGAAUUUUACAUGUUCUUGGUUAAUUAUCAUCAAAAGGGUGGCCGUUAACCGAUUUAAAAUGUGUUUUCUGCAAUAGCUAUUGCAUCAAGAUUAUAAGCAAAUACAUUACUCAUGAGUUUCAUAACAUGGUCACCAAGCCAUACAUGGCAACCAACCAUAACUAAAGAUACAACUACCUCAAGUUAUUGGUUGAAUUGGAGAUUCUUCAUUUGUGCACUAUGGAUUUUGAUUUCCAUGACUUUUGCAUCUUAUUUAAUAUUCAAAUAUGAAGGAUUCAAAAAACCAAGGCAUGAUGAGAGAGAAGAAAAUCAACAAGAAGAAAAUGGAUUGUUAUAUGAAGAUGAAGCUUGGAAUACAUGUGUUAGAGGAAUUGAUCCUUCUUGGCUUCUUAUUUAUAGAAUCAUUUCUUUUAUUGCUCUUUUGGCUUUGAUUAUUGCAAAUGUGGCUGUUGAUGGAGCUGGCAUAUUUUACUACUAUACUCAAUGGACAUUUACUUUGGUCACUGUUUACUUUGGGCUUGGAUCAUCAUUCUCAAUAUAUGGAUGUUUAUUUAAACACAAUGAAUGUGGUGGCAGCACUGUGAAUGGUGAUCUUGAAGGGGUUUUAGAUUUGCCUGAACUGCCUAAGAGUCCUCAUCUAGAAUUUGAUUCCAGGAAAAUUGCUGGUGUAUGGUGUUACAUUUUUCAAAUAAUUUAUCAGACUUGUGCAGGCGCUGUAAUACUCACUGACUUUAUAUUCUGGACCAUCCUUUAUCCUUUCAGAACAUCCAAAGAUUACAGUAUGGAUUUUUUAGUUUUUUGUAUGCACACCAUUAAUAUCGUUUUCCUCCUUGGUGACACAUCAUUGAAUUGCAUGAGAUUUCCGGUGUUUCGAUUCGCAUAUUUUGUCAUUUGGACAGCUUCAUUUGUGAUUAUUCAGUGGAUAAUCCAUGCUUGUGUUUCAAUUUGGUGGCCUUACCCUUUCCUUGACUUGUCAUCUGCAUUUGCACCCUUGUGGUACUUGGUAGUGGCUCUCAUGCAUUUUCCAUGCUAUGGCUUAUUCAUUUUGAUAGUGAGGUUGAAGCAUUCUUUGUUAUCUAGAUCAUUUCCUGAGUCAUCCAUAAAUGUAUAUUGAUAUCACAUUCCAAAAGUAUCAAUCACUGAAUGAGGGCUACCCUUUAGCUACCCUAACAAAAGCAUUUUGAAGAUUAGAUUUAGAUAAAAGCUUAUCACUACAAAUUAAUUCAUCUCUCAACAAUUGUUACAUGUCUUUCCAAACUAGCUAGAAUUUUUUAGAAGAGUGUAUUAUAAUGUUUGUUGACAGUUAGGAAGGUUCAUGAAUAUUCAGUUAAUAUAUAGUAAUUGAUGUAAUUAAAUGGUUCACUAAGUAUAGCAUGUAUUAUGAAUUGAGUCAAAAAGAAAAAAAAAACAUGUAUUAUGAAUCUUAUGUAUGUAUACAUCUCUUUGUAUAUAAUUUCAUAAUCAGUUUUAUGAGUGAA